AUGGAAAAGGUAUUUAACGAUUUUGAUUUGCAUUACGAAAUAAAAAUCUAAUAUCGCGCAUUUCAAUUUCGCAACAAGGCAAAAAUGUAUUUUUGUGGAAGUUAUUUCAGUCCAAAGAUAAAUCUAAUGGUCACUGAAAAUGUGUGAUAAAAUAAGCCAGUCGCAAAUAUAAACAUAGAUCGAUAUUAAUAUUUUCGACUGCCUUGCUGCAAAAUUUAAAAUGCCGUUUAAUUGACUAACCAGAACAUAUUCGUAUCUCAUAUGUCCCUUGUACACACUACUCUAUUUUUUUAAAUUUUAUAUGUUCAAUAAACUACCAUAUGCCAAUAUUUGUUGUCCACUGACCUCGUUCAUGUAGACCUCGUGACAUGUUUGAGCGCCUAUCACUAUAUUUAGAGGGUGGACAAUACCUAACAAAGGUAAGGGUUAUAAGUGUGCGGAGAACUAGGAAAAGGAUAAUACUGGGAACGUAAAUGAGGGGUUAAUAUCACGGAGAGCGUGGCGUCCCCCUGCGUGUUUUUUUCGAGGACGGGGCCAGACGGGGCUAUCGCGUCCCUAGCCCCGCCGUAGCCCCGCCCCGUCUGGCUCCGGGGACUAGGCGGGGCCACACGUGGCUAGUGCUAGCAGGGUUGGGGGAAACAUAUUACUCAAACCCCUCUCGUCUUUUUAAGAUCCGAACUGAAUGAUUCAGAACACUGUGAUGCAAUAACAAAAACCAGAAAUCUCGCGAAAAAGGAAAUAUUGUGGCAAAACAUUAAAGGUUCCUAUACCUAUGUAAUGUCAGGAACGACACAAGGGGUAGAAUUUAGGAAUGUUUGUUGCGCACUCGUCAUAAGUAGUUUCCCCGUGAAGUCCUUACAAGUUACUUUUAAAUACUCUAAGAUCAAAACGUUGAAUUGUAUUAAAAUGCUGACAUCCAGUUUUAAGAAGAAUCCACUUAUGCGUUAGGCCUGGAAACCUAGUCCCACGUUUAUAGUGUAACUCCCCACUGAAACUGUUGUUGAUGAAAGACAACGGAAAGUCAGGUCUUGAGCUCUUACAUGUUGCUACGGUUGCGAUAGAAAAUCUUAAUUUACGACUGUUGUUUUUAGAAACCUCUUUUAGAUGCAAACCCGGAGAAUACAAAAAGUUAUCAGAUGAAAAGUGUGUCGGAAUCCGAUAAUUCGGACGAGAAGACCCCUAUAAAUUGUAUUCCACUAAAAGACAUCACGAAAAUCUGUCGGGCUAGGGAAAAUGAGCUUACAAACUCAAUAAAUGGCAUUUCAUCAAUCGGUGUCUCUGAACUCAACGACAAAGAUGACGUAGUAAUUAAAAACGAAGAAGCAGGUAUGACAACAGAUUUUGGCAAUAUCUCCUUGGCUUAUGAUGGGCUAACUAAAUCAGAAAAAAUAAUCCAUUUGUUUUUUUUAGGAGAUGCAGAGCUGCCUCCAGUUGAAUAUGUCAAAACCAGGAUUUAUCCUAUACUCCUGCCUAUCCUUACGGAAAUGCUAGAAGAAGCGGCGAGACGCGAAUGUUUUGAGGUAGGAAUGCAUUUUGGGAGCAUAUUACUUGUCUCGAUGAUUUAUUUCUUGAUGAGUGGGAACGGGCGUGAAUUAAUCACAACCAAACUUUUGAUCGAUUGAGCCGCAAAACUCCAACUGGAGCCGCGAGUUUGAUCGCCUUGGAGUAGUUUUACCCAUCCGAAGAUGUCCACCGUGUGCUCCAUAGCAGAAUGAGAGCAAGUGCGGUGACUUGUGCAACAUCUGCCGGACUCUCUCUUACUCCCCACCCGAGCGCAAAUAGAAGUCUUCACAGUUGUUUCCCAAUCGAGAAUGUUCAAGGAGGGCACGCAUACAAGGCAAGGAGAAAACUCCUGGGGAUCUUCGUAACUCAGCCAAUGUCCGUUGAGUACAAUAUGCGUGAUCGCUCCUUGACGACUCAGUCGGACCUCCAUCGCGCAUUUCCAUUUAAAGGACGCCCCUGAGGUUAUACUUGACUCUGAGUGGCGGUUUUGCUGAGGGCAGUGAAACAUGGGUUACAUCUGACAGGUCCUGGAGGCAGUGAGAGCGACGCCCUCUUCUUGGGCCUUUGAAUAAAUCUGACCCUAGGAUCCUUGCACCCGGCCGUAUAUUCUGGGUUUUCAGGUGAGCGAGAAACCCAAUGAAAGCGUAGACCGGUUGAUGAAAAACAACACCAGGGUGCCCUGCGGUCCAAAUAGCCGUUGAAUCCGUCACUCAGCUGGUCGACUGUCUACGAAAAUCUGGUCAGUGCCAGGCGAGAGGGUAAGUUUUGGCAAACCACUAUGGAUGCGAGUCAUGUACAACGACCGGGCGAACGACAGAAGGGUUCCCAUAGAGCAGUGGUAAAGAUGUUCGCAGAUGGCUCCCAGGAACGAUUUUCUGAGGGCGGGAUUAGGCCUACAAAGGGAAGAACGUAACAAGUUUAGGAAUACUCUCCCUUUCACUAGAGGAGCGGCAUAUCAAACAAUUCCUCUUUAAAAUCAACUAUUGUAGCGUCCGCACUUUGCAUUCAAUGGGCUCGAUUUCAUCACUCUGAAUCUCUAUGCACGGAACCCUCGGCGUUACGGGACGACGCAGAUUAACCAACUGGGUGAAAUACCCUGGGUAGCUGAACACUGGAAGACAAAUCCCCGGGCGCCCCUGCCUCUCAGUUGGCAGUGGACCUCCGCGGAGGCCGCCACCGUCCUUCAGAGUCAUUGGCGUGGUUACAUGGUAAGUGCCUCUUUCCCUAUCCUAAUUUAAUUGCUACUUAUGAAUCUUCCCUCUUCCCUCGUUUCCAUUCUCAACGCUUCCAAUUAUUUCGGACAUGCAAGCGUCGAUUUGUGGCGUGGUUGGUUGGUUAUUCCAUUCUCUAAACAACAACACCACCACCCUAGUGGUAGUACUACUACUACCACCCGUAGGUAGAGGCUGGGUGUCGUUUAUUCGUAUAAACCGCGACGAAAGUUCGUUAAACCCAUUCAUAUCUACCACAGGUCCGACGUAUGGAGGAGGUCCAGGAGAUGCGACAGUGGCAGAGAGACUGGAGAGCAAUGAAUCGGCCAUCGGAAAGAGCAGCAAUUUGA